AAUGCCCGAAUCACACUAGCGAUUGACGAUUGCGUCUGCGUUUGCGUUUGCGCUUGCGAUUAGACGUUUUUCAAUCACACUAGCUAUUGCAAACGUCAAACGAUUGAGUUUUUUUUAAACAUGGAUUGAUACAUAAGGAAAAAAAAGUGUCCUAUUCUUAUGUUUGUAAUUUUGAAAUUACAUUAUGGAAAAAAAAGAUUUCUCAAAAGAGACUGUGGAUUAAACCAUGGAGAGCUAGAAGACAACAACAAGGUUGUUUCCGUAACCUUUUUACGGAGUUACAAUUAGAAGAUCCAGAUAAAUAUCGAAGGUAGAUAUGAAUUGUUACAUAAAGGAAAAUAGGCUUUCCUUCUGACUAUAUUUAAUUAAUAGAAUAGAAGAAUGUAAAUUUACUAUAUUUUAUUAAGUAAUCACUUUCAAUGAAUAAUACAAAUGUUUUCAGGUGUCUUCGUAUGAAUUCCGAAAUGUUUGAAAAUCUCGUGAAAAAAUUGAGUUCAUUAAUUAAAAAACAAGACACUCAUCUUCGGGACAGCAUUUCACCUGCAGAAAGACUUGCUGUAACACUACGUCACUUGGCAACAGGCGAAACUCAAGAAUCACUAUCUUAUACUUUUCGCCUUGGACAAAGUACUAUAUCAGGAAUUAUAAAGGAUACUUCUCAUGCUCUAAUUUCUGUUUUACAAGAACAAUAUCUUAAAUUUCCCGAUAAUGAAUUGUCUUGGAAAGUAAUUGCCCAUGAUUAUAUGGACAGAUGGAAUUUUCCAAAUUGCUUGGGUGCCAUGGAUGGCAAACAUUGUCUGAUUGAUCCUCCACUUAAGUCUGGUUCCUCAUACUUUAAUUAUAAGGAACAAUUUAGUAUUGUGCUUUUGGGGCUUGUGGAUGCUCAACUCAGAUUUAUAUAUGUUGAUGUGGGCACAAAUGGACGAGUAUCUGAUAAAGGAAUAUGGAACAAAUGUGAUCUAAAACAGCAUUUGGAAAAAAAUGAUAUUCAUGUACCUCCACCAAAUCCUCUACCAGAUACCGAUCAGGAUUUUCCUUAUGUGAUUGUAGGAGAUGAAGGAUUUGCUCUAUCUACAAAUGUGCUUAUACCUUUUCCUAAGGAACAAUGUACAGGUAGAAGGGAGAGAAGAAUUUAUAAUUAUAGAUUAUCUAGAGCUAGACGAUGCGCGGAAAAUGCAUUUGGAGUUAUGGCUAGCAGAUUCAAUAUACUUAGAUCCCCUAUGAGAUAUGACCCAGAUGAUGCUCGUAACAUUGUACUAGCAAUUUGUUGUCUCCAUAAUAUGCUGAGAUCUCACAGUGUAGGCCGUGCAAUGUAUACUCCACCAGGAUACAUUGAUAUGGAAAGUGAAAUGACAGGUCAAAUUCAACACGGAGAAUGGCGGGAACAAGGACACAGUUUAUUGAACUUCCAACAUCAAGGAGGCAAUCGUCAUACUUCUGCUGCCAUACAAAUGCGAGAAACUUUAUGCAAUUAUUUUAAUAAUGUUGGAAGAGUACCAUGGCAAGAUCAGGCCAUUCAGUAGCAAAUAUGUUUUGUAGAAUUUUUUUCCAUCUUUUAUUUCAUAUAGUUUAUGUAUUUUGAAAUUAAAUACAUAUAAAUAAAUAAUAUUGUUAUCGUUUGAAUAAAAAAGUAAUUUAUUAUUCUUUUAGAUACAAAAAUAUCGGUAAAACAAUUUACAUGAGUAAAAACUUCUAUGUUUAAAGAGUUUUUCUAUCUUUCAAUCUAAUUAUAUCUUUCUGCAAACCUAAACAAAUAAAAUCUAUGUUAUAAAUUCAAAACCUAAAAAUAACAUUUUAUAUAUAUUAGAAAUAUAGUUACUUACAAGAUUUAUUAUAAU